AUGUCUAUCAUAUCAAUCUCAGAUGGUGUCGGCUCCGACAUAGGCGAUAUCGACCUACGGGCUUUCGCAGCCGAACUCCAGAUUGAGGUCUCAGAUGACAAAGAUGCAGAGGACUACCUGACUCUACCGAGAUCCCUCGGAGCAGUCUUAGGAAGCAUUGACAACGCGCCCGACUACAUCCCGCCGGACCUGCUUCCUGAAAACACCCAGCAGCGUCGCGCAUUCUGGGCGACGGGCACCCGAUUUCCCCCGAUUGACGCAGUCGUGGUAUCCCGGAUUCUUAACACUGGCGGCAUCAUUAAGGGUACAUCGACCUGCGAGAGCUUCUGUGCUUCCCCGCUAUCCUUCACGUCGGCAACAGGGCCAGAUCAUAACCCACGGUUGCACGGUCACACGGCUGGUGGAAGUAGCAGCGGCUCUGCAGUUCUUGUCACCGCUCACCGUAUUGCAGAGAAGAGCGGGAAUAGUGGUUUACCAUUGAUGGGCCAAACUGCGGAGUUGGCUAUUGGCACUAACCAGGCUGGGUCCGUUCGUAUCCCGGCUUCCUACAGUGGCAUUUGGGGACUGAAGCCGACAUCUAGCCUGGUUCCAUACACUGGUGCUGCGUCCAUGUCGCCGAUGAUUGACCAUAUCGGCCCGCUGGCUGCUGAACUUGAUGGUAUCGCUGCGCUGUUGGAAGUGAUGGCAGGCACCGUGCGAGAUAUCGUCUACCAGGCAGCAAAGAAAUACUUUGCGGCUGCCGGGGCUUCUGUGAUCGAAGUAUCUAUCCCAAUGCACCGACAAGGACCCGCCAUCUGGACUGCCGCAACUCGACCGUCCAUGUCUGGUUAUUUGUGUCACGGGAGCCCUUCCGGUCAGCUUGCUUUCCUGCCGCCACAUGCGCAGAUCAAAUGGCCUCCAUCCCAGGAGACAUACAACACACUGACCGCUCUCAAUCCGGCCGUGGUUAACAUCAUGCUCAGCGAGAAGCUUGCUCGAAGCUCCUCGGUCAAGACAGGGCUCGAAGCUAAAACUCGCCGGAUGGUGUUUGCACUCAGAGCCGCCUACGACGCCGCUCUUGAACACGUUGAUAUUCUCGUGACGCCUUGUGCAUCGAGUGUUGCCAUGGCGCAUCCCAAUUCGCUCGAUUCUAAUGGAGAAAAGGCCAUGAUCCUGGACAGACUGGGUGUUGCUGUUGGUGUGACUGGCAAUACCUGUCCGUUCAAUGUUACUGGGCAUCCGGCUUUGAGUGUGCCGUGUGGCUUUUCAGCGGCCGAGAGUCACCCGGAUGUCUCACUUCCUGUCGGUAUGCAGAUUGUUGCGAGGUGUUGGAAUGAUGAGAAGCUUCUCGAGGCUGGGACUUUGUUCGAAUGGGGCAGGGAAAUAUCGAAGGGAGUGGAGGAUAGUAACAAAUGA